AUGACAAAUAUGAGUUCACAGUUUGACAUACUCGAUCAAGCAUCGCCAAGUAAUGUUUUCUUUAACAAGAUGCAUUUAUUUGCAAAAAUUGAACAAAAUGGUCUAACUGACGAGCGUAUGGUGCUUGUAUUUAACGCAUUUGAUCAAAUUCUUCCACAAUUGGGCAUCUUUUCAACUGUGGCAACAAAACUUAGAAAUGAACUAUUUGAUUUUGUUUACAGUAAUCAAUUUACUGUAGAUAAAACAACGUUAACAAAAACCAGACGUAAACAACGCAUAGCAUGUCUUGAAAGAUUAUCGUAUAAAGUACUUUGUCAACGUUUAACGGAAAAAAAUCAACAAGAAAAUGAUGCCUAUGAAAAUAAAUUAUCUGAUCUAGAAAACAAUUUGGCAGAAAAAAAUCGUGAUUUAAAUCAGGCACAAGAACAAAUGACAAAUCUCGAAACAACCAGCAAACGACUCAACAAUGAAAUAAUGAAUUUAAAAUCAAAUUUAACCAAUAUGGAACAGGAAAUUCAAAAAUAUCGAGACGACUGUGAUCGAAUGCGUUUUAACUGUGAUAAUGAAAUUGUAAAAAUGAGAGAAGAACAUACAAGAUUGAUGAAGACGAAUGCGGAUGCUGAACGACUUAUUAAUGACCUAAUGAAAUAUAAAAAAGGUUAUGACGACAUGCAAACAGUUUCACCAGAAUAUUCGUUUUGUCAUUUACUACUUUAG